AUGGAUGUAAAUAAAGCCGCUGAAGUUGCAUCUAGAACAGUUUGUGAAGCAAUCGUUGGCUCACGUAAUUAUGAAUGUCGACAUAUAGUUGAAGAUCUUCUUCAAACAGAAGAAUUUCGUAUUGUUAUUACAUCAGAUAUGAAAGUUAUUGAAGUACUUGGUACUUUAAAAAAUAUUAUUGCAGGACUUUCAAAUGAAUUAGGAUAUGGUGAUAAUACAAAAGUCGCUGUUAUUUGUCUUAGAUUAAAAGAAAUAGUUGAAUUUUGUGAAGAAUUAUUUACUGGUUCAUUAUUCAUUGUUCUAAAAUACAGAAAAGUUAUUUUGAUUUUAUUCAUCGGAUAUCAUCCAUAA